AUUUUGCAUUUCAAAUAAUAUAAUUUUACUCUUUCUAACACAUGUCGAAUUCAUAUUUAUUACUCUUUUUUACAAGCCAAAGCUGAAGUGGAGCGAUCUAUGGGCUUCUUGUGCAGUUUACCAACACGACAAUGGCCGAAUUGUCCGAAUAGGAUAUUUUUUAUUGGCCCAUACAUCCCAACCUGCCAUGUCUUUGGUUUUUAAAAAUGGCGUAUACAAGCUUUUUGUUUGCCGGUUUACGCUGUUGAACCGUUUCCAAGACCUCUCGCGCUCUCAUACCUGACGUAAACGUCGUGAAUAUGAAAUUUAAGUACAUCUGCCGAUAUAUAAUCAACACUUUGAGCCCUGUGAACCAAGUUUUGUAGCGUUAUGGUGAAUUAGAAUGGUGCCUGUGGCUUGUCAAUCUUGCACGUCGUCAGGUUACCCAUUCGUAACGUAAAUAACACCCAGCGAGCGUUUUCCAUUUCAGAUAUGACAGCAAUGCAAAAUAGUAGAUAAUGGAGAGUUCAGAAGAUGAUGCGGGCGCUGCGGCGAACGCACCCCGCCGUUCAGCGGCGCGGGAAAAAGAUAAUGGGGCUGAGAAAGGCAACGCAACUAGUAGUUCGUCAAUGGAAACAUCCGAAGCCCGAACUUGGUGCCAAACGCCUGCUAUGUCGGAAGAAAACUUUGACGGCGAUAGUGUGCCUUCGCCGUCAUCGCACGAUGCUAACACCAGCACUGAGGCUAUCCUGGACAUGAUUGAUGAGAUUGUAGACGGUCCAGGCGCGCCGAAACGACUGCCGCAUUCUUUGGACGCUAACAGCGAGUCUGCCCCUAUUAGUGACAAUCCAGAAUUAACUAAAGUGGUUUCAGAGGACAUUGCCGUCCAAAUAUCAGUGCCAUGCCCUGAACCAAGUGACAAAAGUGGUCAGGAGCACGACGCGUCUGUGAGUGAACAAACAAAAAGUACGUUUUCUCCUUGUGAUACAGAAGCUCCGGCGACUGUAGCUGGUUUGGCUGAUACUGGUUCCCCACAAUCAAGUGAGCCUGUGGUUGAAUCAGAACCAGCGGAUACACCUGUCAUGACUGAAAGUAAUCCAGACGAAAGUGCAAAUACUGAGUCUGUUAGUGACUGUCCACCUCUCAAUCUUCCUACCAGCAGUGAAGUGGAGACAGAGCAAAGUGUUUCUAAUGUAAGUGUGUGUUUAGCCCAAGACCGAACAGUGAAAUGUGUGACGUCUACAUAUGACAAUGUGACUGUAGUAGGAAGUGCUGAAUCAACGUCUAGUGAUAAUAGUGUUUGUGAUGGUAAAGUUCAGGUCCAUGAAGCGCCAACACGAUCCCCCCUGAGGCGGAGGCUUGUGCGGCCUGCACCUAGUGAUCGGCGGCCAGAUUCCACAGUGUCGUCCACUUCAACAAGUGAUGAACAUACAGAACAAUCAAUAAGUGAAAUUAAAGAUGUUUCUAGUUCAUCAGAUGCUGUGCCUGCAACUGUACAUGGUAAUGUAAAUGAAGAGAUUAGAAAUGUAAGUGAAAUUAGUGUCUGCAAAGCAGAAACAUCUGGGAGUCCUCCUAAAAAAAUAAAACUUAUUAGACAAAAAUCAAGUACUGUUGGCCAUAAUGUGCAAGACAAACCAAUGUUGUUGCUUGAACAUGAGCAAUGUCAAUCAACAUCUGCAGAGACUACUGAAGCUAUUAUAAGUGAACCUUGCCCAUUAGUAACUGAUUCUACAAGUGCAACAAGCUCAGAUGAAUGCCAUGCCAUGGCAGAUCAUAAUAAAGAGGUAAUGCAUGAAAUCAGUAUAGAAAUUCCUUCAAAUGAGUGUAGAAAAGAAGAUAAACAAAAAAUAGAAGAAGAAUCUAGCGCAGGCCAAGGUGCUUUAAUAUUAGCACCUGAAUCAAAAGAUGUAAAUGAAGAACAAUCGGCAAUACCUACAAAUGUAGGCUCCAGUAGUAAAAGUUUAAUAAACCAAUCUGAGUCAGAGGCAAGUAUAAUGAUAGAUACUUCAAAAAGCAAAUGUGAGAAUGUGGAACAAGAACAGUCUGAAUCAAUUAAACAAGUCCCAAAAUUGACCAUUAAGUUAAGUAGCAAACAAUCUGAUGAGGUAAAGUCUCCUCCUGUGCCUAAGUUAACUAUAAAACCUAUUAAACCUCCUGUUGAGGAUAAAAAAGUGGAAAAUGUAGAACAAAUGCCUAGUAUUUCUAAACUGAACAUUAAACCCAUUCCUAAACCACCACAGGUGAAUGACAAUUCAAUGCGAUCCUUAAGUAAAACUGAAAACAGAACAGAAAAAGAUGAAGAACAAAUUCCAUUAGUGACAAAAAUUAACAUCAAGCCAAUUCCAAAGCCUCCAGAGAAGAUUAAUGAAGUCCAUCGCAAGUCUAGUAGUAGCGAAAUAUCUGAAUCUGAAUAUUCUGAAAAUGAUGACACAAGCACAUCUGAUCAAGCAUCUGCUUCUGAUCAAGGGCCAACGGAUAUGGUUCCUAAAGUAACCAUAAAACUUGGCAAGCCUGGAACUCAGAGUGAAGGCAAAUUUUAUACAGAAAAAAAUAUUCCUAAACUUACUAUAAAGGGUUUACAAAAUGAGAAGGAGGACAUUCGUAAACUGACAAUAAAGAACAUAAAUAUGCAUCACAAUGAAAAAGAAGAUCCUGAGAAAGGAAUACCUAAGCUGACAAUAAAGGGCUUUCAACAUUGUGAGAAGGAGGACUCAGAUUCAUCCAAACUUAAGUUAAUUAUCAGCCAAUCUGAGGAUAAACAAUCAGAUAAAAUACCUAAAUUAACAAUCAAAACAGUAGCAAAAGCAGAAGGUCAGCCUUUAAGUCCCAAGCUUACAAUAAAACCCAUAAAGCCUCCUUCAGACUUAUCCAGUAAAGAAGGUGUAUCAGAUGUUCAGCCGAUCCCCAAACUUAAAAUAUCUACAGAGCCCCUUUCUUCUGUAGUAGAGGUAAAAGAAAAUGCCCAUGUGCCUAAAAUUACAAUUAAGCCAGUUACUAGGGUUGACAUUGAUAGUAAACCACCUAAAAAAUCAACUGCAGUUUAUGAGAGCCCAGAAAACAUCCCUGUAGUGACAAAAUUAAAUAUCAAACCAAUUUUGAAGCCAUCAGAGUGUGAAGAAUCAUCAGAGAGUAUGAAAGAAAAGGUUCCUGUAGUUUCAAAAUUAAACAUUAAACCUGUCAUUAAACCUAAAGAUAAUGAAAUAAAUUCUAGUUUAGAAGAUAUUCCUAAAAUUACAAAAUUGAAUAUUAAGCCCAUAAAAUGUCCUGAAGGAAGUUCUUCAAAAGAAAAAGACUGUGAUGAAAUGAAAGCUGAAGUCGAAGAAAAUAGUAUACCUGUUGUUACUAAACUUAAUAUUAAGCCUAUUAUUAAGCCUGCAGAUGAGGAGACAUCUAAAGAUUCAGGGAAUCAAUCCUCUGAGACUGGGAAUUCCAGCGAUGAAAAUACAGACAAUAUACCAAUUGUUACAAAGUUAAAUAUCAAACCUAUAUUGAAACCUAAUGACUUAGAAGAUGUUUGCAAACUGAAAUCCUCAGAUGACCAGGCAGCUAUUCCUGUUGUAACUAAACUCACUAUAAAGCCAUUGGUGAAGCCUGAGGAAAGUGUUUCACCAUUAUCUCCUAAAAAAGGUUCAGAUUUAAGAAUUUCUAUUCCUGUUGUCACAAAGUUGAAUAUCAAACCGGUGGUUAAGCCAGAGGAUGAUAGUAAUCAAAAGUUAAAAGAUGAUGUAGAGGAUAAUUCUGUAAAAAAUCCACCUAUAGUAAUGAAAAUUAAUAUGAAAGCUGUGGCAGAUCCAUCAAGUAGUGAAAGAUUAUGUGUAGAUAAAAAAAUUAACAAUGUUGAUGAUACUAGAGAACAUAUUUUUAAUAACAUUAGUGAAGAACUACCCAAAACUAAUUUAAAGGUUAAUUUAAAAUCAUCUGAAAUAUAUGAUUUAGAAAGAAUCUCCUCAGGUAACUCCAAAAUAGACAGGGUAAGUGAUAAAGAAGAAAACAUAGAAUUAGAAGCGAGAGUUGCUGAUGUAAACAUUAAAUUAGAUACUUCAUUAAAACAAAACUGUGUACCUGAAACAGCAGAAAUACUUACAAAUGACAUGAGUAAUUCUAAUAGAGAGCUGCCUUCAAGCAGUAUUUUAAAAAUUAAGAAAACAGAAGAAAUAGAGGAUAAACCUAUCAUUGAGUCAAAUACCACUCAGGAGAAAACACAAAUAUCACAAGUGUCUAAUAGCACAUCAUUAGAACUAGAAAAUUCAAUACUUGAAAAAGAGGAAUCUACACCAGAGGAUAAUAAAAUAAAUCAGAAAACUGAAAACUCAAGUUCAUUAGUUGAACCACCUGUUGAUACAUCAGAUGUAUCCCAAAUAAGGAAUUUAAUUAAACAACAAAACAGAUCUGUACAGAACUGUACAUUGUUGAAAAAGCUAUUGGAAACGUCUGAUGAUUCCUUAGACAAUAGACUUGAGCCAUCAGAAGAGAAAACGAAUAGGUCAUCGUCACCUUCUUUACUAUGUCAAGAGCCUGUAAACUGCCUUGAAAAACAAUCUGAUCAACAAAGUACUGGAAAUUUGUACUCUGACUCGAUCCAUGACAGAAAAAACAGAAGUCAGAGCCCUGAAGUACCUAGUGAUUCUAAUGUCAGUCCAGCAGCGAUAAAAAUUCGAACCAUUCAAGAAAUAUCCAAAGAAGCAAGUGAAAACUUGAAAAAUCCAUUAGAGAUUAAUAUUUCUGAAAAAGUCAAUCAAAGCUCUGGACAAGAUUCACCAAGAAUAAUUUUGAAAAUCAAUAAGACUGACCAUGGAGCUUCUGCAAAGAUUAUAACAGAGGAUCCCAGUAAGCCAGACACAGAAGAGCAGAAGGCUGAGAUGACAAAUGAGAUAAUUAAUGAUAAGGAGAGUCCAAAAAGAAAUGUUGUCAACAGUAAAAGAAAACACGAGUCUUCUGUUACACAGAGUGCACCAGUGGGCAAAAGAUUACGUAGUUCCAGAAUUGUUGAAAGUAUGGAUAAAUCAUCAUCUUUAGUAAGACGCAAUGUUGGAAAAAGGCAAAUAGACCAGAGCCCACUCCAAAGCAAUGAACCAGAGCUAUCUGUUCUCGAAACAAAGAGAUUAAAACUUGGUCAGCUGUUAUCAAACAAAUCUCUCACUAUUUCCCCUGUCGUAGUAAGUCAGGAGACCUCUGUCAAUAAAUCUGUAGAUUUUAAACAUGAUAAUAAGGGAAAGACUGUAAAUCACAGUUUGCUGAACAACGAAAACUGUUCUAAAAAUGGCAACUCCAAACUGCACAACAUUUUGUCUAACUUGCAAGCAAAUCAGAUCCAAGUAAAACCUGUUAUUAACGACAAGAACGAGACUGUUACUUUAGAAGUUGAUUCGAAUAUAUCAUCAGGGAGUGGAGAAUGUGACAUUGUGAGGGAGAAUUGUCAUCCAGAAGUUCAGGAGAUGAUGAUAAAUGAGAGUUUUGAGUUUCCUAAUUUCGGUAUCAGUGCUGAUGAGAUGUCUCAGGAUCCGUUGGAAGUGGAUGGUUCUAAGUUAAACAAUGAAGAGGUGAACAUUCCGAAGGCAGUGGAGAUGACUCCGCAGCCCAAGAAGCGGGGUCGUCCGCGUAAAAUUCCGUUGUCGGAGGGCGCCAAGCCGAUCCCAGCGCCUGUGGUGGCGCUUCCCGUCACUGCACUCGAGGAACGGCCCCAGCGCUCUUUGAGGUUGUCUAGAGACCGUCCAGCAAUAAUCGCGAAGCCGAGAGGAGGCCGCGGCCGCGGGCGGGGGGCUCGGCGUCCGGACGCGCCGCCGUCCGGGCCCAGCGCCCCGGACGAGCCCGAGCCCGAGCCCAUAGACCCCACGAGCUCAAGGAUCAAGCUGCCGAGGAUGACCGAAGCCCUGGACAAGUCAGUGUGCUCAACGCCGCUGUCGAGUCGUCGGCUGAGCGAGAGUGGGGAUAUGAAGCUGUUUGGGGAUUCUCAGUCCGUCAGUUCCGUGAUGGAUGAAACUUCCAAAGAGGAUUCGUUCAUGAAAUCCCCGUCGCCAAGUCGCGGCGGGCGCGGUGCCCGCGCGCGGGGCUCCCGGCCGGGCCGCUCGCCGGCGCGCGGCGCCCGCAGGGGAGGCCGCGGCCGCGGGGGAGGACGCGGCGCUAUGUAUAUGAAGGAAACCCUUGGUAUAUACGGGCGUGUGUGUGGACCUGCCACCACCACCGUGCAACUCUUCGAAGAGGAGACAUGCAUGAUGGAUGAUAACGCGACGCCAGCCAAGCCUUCAUGCUUACUGGACGAAGAUUCCCAGAGCUCCGUCAAGAGCUCCACGAAUGAGAGCAACAAAUUGAAGAAAUCGAAAUUCGCGGACUUAUUUGACAGUAAUAAAAUAUGGACGGCGGAAGACGUGAAAGAAUACACGUGGCCGCCACCCGGCGAAGGUGAUGAGGAGUCUCAGGUGAUGAUGAUCGAGGAGCAGGUGGCGCUGUUCCUGGGCGCGCGCAGCCUGCGGCGGCGCUACCCCGCGCUGCGGCGCCGCCGCGUGGCGGGCGCCGAGCGCGCGCGCCUGGCCGCGCUGCUGGGCCGCGCCGCGCCCGCCGAUUUAACAGCAGUAGACGCGAGCGAAGUUCUAGACAUUAUGCUGUCAGACUAUCCGCACAAGUACGAAGAGUACCGCUCAUAUCAGAGACAGAGACAGCUGACAGAGGACGACGUGAAAGAAGAGAGGGUGGACAAAGUGGAGAUGAAGGCUGAAGUCAAAGCGGACGUGAAGCCUGAACCGCCUAAAGUCGACCCGGAGAAGACUAGACAGGACAUGGCCCUAGCGGCCAUGGCCUCGGCCAGCGAGUGGAACAGCCGCAUGAACGCGCUGCGGCGGCCGGCCUGCGUGGACCUGCAGUCGCUCACCAUCCAGCGGCGGCUGGCCGCGCCCGCCGCGCCGCGCGCGCACGUGCGGCCCCCGGCCGGCUUCUACCCGCACGCGCUGCUGCCCGGCCAGUACCAGCACGCGUACAGGCGCUACACUCCCGACCAGCUCAGAUACUUCCCGCUGAACACGGCGUUGGCAGCGCCGCCCGCGCCGCCCGAGAGCAGCUCGGACUCGGGCUCGGACUCCGAGCGGGACUCCAGCGCGGACUCCGACGUCAACACUUAUCAUCAUCUGCACAAGAGAAAACGUCUCACGAAAGUGAAGCGAAGCAGUCACGAAGCCUCAUGCAGUAAGGACAUUAAAGAGGAGAGUCGCGACGGCGCCGAAGUGGACUUGUGCAAAGUGUGCAAGCUGAGAUUGGAGGCCAACAGGAAGUAUACUCACGAGAGAUUCCUCGUGUGUGCCGAAUGUAAUGGCAAACUGCAUCCCGGCUGCGUGGAGCUGAGCGCCGACACGGUCCGCAAGUGCCGCGAGUACCCGUGGCAGUGCGCCGACUGCAAGACCUGUAACGCGUGCCGCGACUCGCGCCACGACACCAAGAUGCUGUUCUGCGACCUCUGCGACCGCGGCUUCCACAGCUACUGCGUGGGGCUCGACAAAGUGCCCAGUGGGCGGUGGCACUGCGUGGAGUGCGCGGUGUGCAGGUCGUGCGGCGCGCGCGAGCCCGGCGGCGCGCCCGGGGCUCCGGGGACCCCGGGCGCGGGGGGCGCGGCCGAGUGGCACCACCAGACCAAGCGCGGCCCGGGCGGACACAAGGUCUACUCGCACUCGCUGUGCACGCCCUGCGCCAGGGCGUAUCGCAUCGGUCGCUACUGCCCACUGUGUGAACGCUCCUUCAUCGGGCCCAAGGGGAAUUUGCAGCUCGUCAUUUGUAAGCUGUGCGAUAGGCAACUACAUCAAGAGUGUGUUAGGCAGACGGUGCCGGCGCUGAGCGUGCUGGACUACACGUGCGCGGAGUGCCGGCGCGGCGGCAUCACGUCGCGCGCCGCCGCCGUGCGCCUGGCGCCGCGCACCAUCGCCACGCUGUUCAUGGCCAAGCGCCGCUUCAACAAGUACGCGCACCGCCAGUACCUGCAGAGCCGGCUGCGGGCCAAGGCGGCGGACGCGCCCGACGGCGAGCCGGAGCCCUCCGACGACGGCUCCGCGGAGACCGACUCCCGGGAGACCGACGCCGCCGUCGCCUCCAUCAGCCUCGACUACGACGGCUGAACUGUACAUAUUGAACUGACCCGUUGUGUAUUAUAUAUAGCUGUUAUUAGCAUAUUGUAACUCUUAUUCGCUUCGGUAAUACGGUUGUAAGGUAAAAACUGUUGCAUAAAUCUGAUUAAUAUAACGAUUAACCGGUAGGCUACGUAAGUUAUCGGAUAGUGAAGAGAUACUAGCUGUAUAUUGUCUUAUUUUCCGUAGUGCUUUUCGGUUUCCAUCGAGAUGUAACGUGACGGCGGAAUGUGUAUAUUGUAUGCUUCUAGCGGGGGCGGUACCCGCGGAUCGGAUUCCACCAGUGGUUGGCGGUAGGUCGCUGAACUAACGUGUAUACUGUACAGUAACUAUAACUAACUUCACUAUAUGGGUAGCUGGGCAAUUCGUACUGUUUUUAAUAUUAAUAGUUUUGUUCGUAAGUUUCUCGGACGGUCGUGCGAUGUGUGUGCCCUCGCUCGGGACCGGACAGGUUAACUCUGUGAGUGAAAUCGCUGUUAAAUAAGUAUAAAGUUUUAUUGUUUUAAGUUUAACUCGAUUAUUAUUAUUAUUACAAUGUACCGUCGAUGCCUAGAGCUGGAAUAAAUGUGUAUAUUAAAAUUCUGCCUUUGUAUGCAUUUCGUUCUUAUUUCUCAAAUUCUGUAUCGUCACUGUUGUGUCCAAUCGGUUGCUCUCGCGACAGUGCGCAUUUUCUUUUUGUUCUAGAUAAGACUAUUGUUAACUUUGCUUUAUAAGGUAUUUAUUUUAGUUGUACUUCAUAUGGAUACACCAGUAUACAAUCUGUCGUUCUGUUUAAUAUAAAAAGAUAAUAUUUUCGCUCAACUCAAUGACAUGUGACGCCCGAACGCGUAUGAAUUUGCUUAUGAAUUUGUUAUUUGCAAACUUCUCUUUAAUCAUGCGAUUUAUACAAUGUUGAUUUAUUAAUUACACCGUAGUUUAUGUUAAGGAUUUAUUUAGUUUAAUUUGUAUGAAUGAAUUUCAGCAGCUCUGUCAAGUGAUCGUCUCUUACUUAAUUUCAAAGUACAAAACACAAAGGCUUCCUUUUAUGUUAAUAUCUCACAGCCGUUCUGGAAAAUGUAUGCCGAUCCCAAUGAUUAUAGAUUUAUUAUAGAAAGAUCAAAUAAAUUAUUUAACUCAGAGUAUAAUUAUGUUUAUUUCAUGAUGAAAAAUUAUUUAUUUAUUCAACUGUGUUACGAGAUAGAUUAAAUAUAGCGAAGUUGGGAGUGUGGUUCGCAGAGCCCGCUGUACUUACGGUAACCGCUUUCGGCUCCACAGUGCAAUGACCCCGUAUGUAAUAUAUAAACAAAUACUAUGACCACUGUAUUCGGAGCGACGUCAUCGAAUACUUGUAAUGUAUCUAUCGUGUUUUAGUUUAUAAUUGUGCUUUGGUUAUAUUAAUCAUAAUUUACUUAGAGACAAUUUAAGAUAAAAUUUAUGUCCGCAGAAGUAUAAUCCAUCAAAUCAUGUUAUAACUUUUUUACGAUGUACACAACCGGCGCGGCUUCCCGCGGCCGGAGUUCGCAUUGCUUUGACACAGGUGAAAUUAAGACUUACAUGUAAGAGGAAUAAUGAUAACUUUAUGUCUACUUAAUGCAAGUGUAAACGUUCUAGAAAUCUCGCACUGUU